UUUCAACUUAUCACCUCUUCUACCCUCUGGUGGGAGUGUUAGUUAUCGAGCAGCAAAAUGACCAAAGAAAUGCGGGCAGUCAAGUUCAGGAGAAAUUAUAUAUAAAAGUACAUUGUUUUUGUUUGGAUUACACAAAGUAGUAGCAAAACUUAACCAAAUGUUUGCAGGGAGACAUUAAAAAAGUAUUCAAAGAUUAUUAGGAUGUUAUUUAAAGCUGAAAAACCCCUAUGUAAUUACAGGGUAUCAGAUUUUGGAAGCCUUUGGGAUGUCAGCAUUCGAAGUUUAUUUUAGAGAGACCAAAGAGCAGUAGGUGAUGUCUAACUUCGAAAAAAUGGCCAAAAGAAUUGCCGAGAAGGAACUGACAGAUAGGAAUUGGGAUCAAGAAGAUGAAGCCGAAGAGGUGGGAACAUUCUCAGUGGCCAGUGAGGAAGUCUUGAAGAACAGAGCCAUAAAGAAAGCAAAGCGUAGGAGUGUCGGAUGUGAAUCUGAUAGUGGAGGGGCCUUUAAAGGCUUUAAAGGGUUGGUUGCACCUUCUGGAGGAGGAGGAGGGUUUUCUGGGUUCGGUGCUUGUGUUGGAGGAAAGCCUUUGGAGGGCUUGUCGAAUGGAAAUGGCAUGACUGGUGGUGCCCUGCCCUUCUCCAGUUCCAGAGCCGCCACGGAGACCACGGCGGCCUUGGGAUCUAUCGCUGCAAAUGGCCCUGCUUCCUUGGUUGACAAUAAGAUUUCAAAUCCCAAAACCAACGGUGACCGGCCGCAGCCCUCGUCCUCUGGCCUUGCCGCGAGCCCAGCCCCCCACGGGACCCCCUACCACAAGCAGCUGGCGGCCUUGAACUGCUGUGUGCGGGACUGGAUAGUGAAGCACGUGAACGCGAACCCGCUGUGCGACCUGACGCCCGUCUUCAAGGACUACGAGAGCUACUUGGCGGGCAUCGAGCAGCAGCGCAGCGACGGCGGCGGCCCGGAAAGGGAGUCCAGCAAAAUGGCGCUCGACACGCAGUCUCCCGCCCUGUUUGGUUCAGCAAAGUCGCAGCAAGAAUCGACGUUUUUGUUUCACAGUGACAAAUCAGAGGGUGCCUCUGAAAAGAAGACGGAAGCUGUGCCUGAAAAAAAGGGGGACCCAUCACUAGGAGCAACCAGUGCCUCGUUUAAUUUCGGCAAGAAAAUCGAUGGUUCUGUUUUGGGCUCGUUAAACUCUGGCCCCCUGGCUGGGUUUUCAUUUUCUUCUGGAAACUCCAGUUUAUUUGGCAAAGAUGUUACCCAGAGUAAACCACUGUGCUCACCGUUCGCAGUUACGGGGCUGGAGAGCCAAGCAGGUGGCGGCAAAGGUGGAGACGAAGAAGAAAAUGAUGAGCCGCCCAAAGUAGUAGUUACUGAGGUAAAAGAAGAAGAUGCUUUUUACUCCAAAAAGUGUAAACUUUUUUACAAGAAAGACAAUGAAUUUAAAGAAAAGGGUGUAGGUACUCUGCAUCUAAAACCUACAGCAAAUCAGAAGACACAGCUGUUAGUGCGGGCAGACACCAACUUAGGCAACAUACUGCUGAACGUCCUGAUCCCACCCAACAUGCCGUGCACCCGGACAGGGAAGAACAAUGUGCUGAUUGUGUGUGUCCCCAACCCCCCCGUGGAUGAGAAGAAUGCCACCACGCCAGUCACCAUGCUGAUUCGGGUCAAAACCAGCGAGGACGCGGACGAGCUGCACGGGGUCCUGCUGGAGAAGAAGGGGGCCUGAGCUGCCGCUGCCCCACCGCCCCGGGAGUCGCUUUUCUUCUCAUUGACACUCUAAGACCUUCUAGAUAACUUAAAACUUUUGUGAGGAAGAUUAAUAUGGCCAAUAAAACCUUUAACAUUUAGUGUCAAGAAGCUGUAUGCUCCCUUCUUAAAGAACUGUCUAGUGUGUAAAAUACAUUUCAAAGAAAUUUUGGGAAAGAUUUUUAAUGUUCAUUUAUUAAACUAACCACAAGUGGUUUCUUAAUGGACUGAAAUCAGGGUAUCGAUAGGAUUUCCUCAAGCCUUUUCUGACCAGUGGGUUUGGGCGAGGCUCCUGUCGCGGGUGGCUCCUGUCGCGGGUGGCUCCUGUCGCGGGUGCCCGCAGGGGCCGAGCCUGCAGCCUGUGCUGGGCCUGGCGGGCCUGAGGACGGCGCCCCCGCAGGGGAGGCCGCUGCGUGCGGGGCCGGGGUGUGCGCUUGCUCUCAAGUGUUCCUUAGAGCUGCCCGUGGGCACUGGGUGCCGCCUGCGGCGGACACGCCCCCUUCGCCCCCGAGGCUGCUGUGCAGGGUUGGGACUGCUUUUCCUUUUAAAAGGAAACGAGUAGCUUGUUUGGUUCUGACGUUCGCUCGUUCACGCUGGUACUUCUGUACCCCGGGGACAGCGGACGGAGUUGCGAGGAGUGAGGGCUAGAAGCAGAUUCCGUAGCGUGUAGCGUGAGCCAUAUAGAGAAGUUGUCAGAGUUAGACCCUACUGCAACAGGGAGCGGCACUCAGUCACUGUACCGCGGCGAGCUGUGGGUCUGGAGCCACUCAGUGCCGAGGUCAGGAGAGCUGUGUCCGCGCGAGCCGUGAAUGAGGCCGGAACCACGCCAGGCGCGGUGGAGAGUACCGCGGGUGCGCGCGCCUGGGACCUGGACUGCAGGAGGGCCGAGCUGGUGUCUGCAGUUUCCGCUUCCUUUUGUAAGAGUGAGACUGUUCGGGGUGUCCGUGUGGAAGGGAGCCGUGGCUGGCACAGGAAUGCGCGUGUCUUCACGCCGGGAGGCAGUGCCUGCUCGCGUUCGAGGGCUGGGCACGCCAGGAGGGUGGCUGAGUGUCGCCAUGGCCGUGUUCCUGGCUGGCUUAGUGCCGCGCCGGGGCUCCUGUGGAAGGCUCAGGGCCUUGUAUGUUCUGAUUGGGGAAAGAGGAGUCAAAAUAAGUGUAAAUAGGAUAGUUGCUUUUUUUAAAAAAACCAUUUUUAGAUGUAAGGGGGGGGUGGGGAAACUUUUAUGAUCAAAUAUGUUAACUCUUACAUACUCAAGAUCGGGUAGUUUGGCCGAUGUGACCAUGAGCUUCUUGUUUAACUGCAGUGGGAGAGCUCAGCUCAGUGUGACUGGAUAAAUUCACGCAGAGGUGUGCGUGCUGUGAUGGGAUGUGGUCCCACAGCUCUCGAGACCUCGGGGCACGUGGCCGAGGCUUUUGAUUUACUGUUUAGCAUUGAGAUUAUUCAUGUGCUUUUGUUACAGAUGAUUUAUAAUAAACAAGGUUGAUGCUGUUACAGUAACUCUGAUCCCCUCUGUGUGCACUGGUGUAUCCAGUGUACCCAGCUGUCAGGAUGAGGAGAUGCAGGGAACAGCUUCCCACGUUGCUGUGGCUCCCGUGUCCCGUGGUCCCACCCGGAACAGCGACUCUCAGCAGGCAUCUGCAGGAACGCUUUGGUGGCGGUGCGUUGUUCUGUUCGCCUCUGCAAGGCUGUGGGCUGCUCAGCUAAGGGGCGGGGAGGUCCCGGCUGCUCACCCCCAGCAGCCCUGCAAGAAUAGUUUACAGUCUCUGAGAAUUCGUGGUGGGUAUGUGUGGCUUUCUCUCCUAACAUUCCCAGAAAAUUCCUGCUGCCAAGACUCCCUGUUAAAGUGAAAAUCGGGAAAAUGUGCUGUGUGUACAACUCAAAAUGUGAUAUUUUCUUACAGUUCAUGCUUCAGGAACAUGCUGGUCUCCACUUGAACAGGCGCCGCUUUCAAAGCGCCGGAGAAUGUGUGGGUUUUACCGAAACCCUAAAUCCCUGUGUGUGACUCGGGGAGGGCUUGCCGCUCCUUCCCCGGUGUGUGGAUAGCUAGCUCGGCGCCUUGGGGUUACAUUCAUUUUUAACAAAGUAUUAGAAACAAGUCUUACAGUGUUGAAAGAUGGACUGAAAUUUUCUGUUUUGGUUUAAGAACCUAUCAAGUGUCUCCUGCGCGUGGCCUAAAGUGAGGUGUGUAUAUGUCUUUCGUUCCAAAUCAGGGAUCGUUGCACCGUGACGAACACGGGGCGUCCCGGUGGCCUUUUCCGAGCCGGCGUGUGCCCACCCCUUCCUUCGGGGCAGAGCCCGCUGCGUGCGGCUUCGUUGUCCAGCUAGACGGGAAGCAUGUGUCCAGGGUCUCACGUCCGGGCUGUGCUGCCCGGGGAAGGCCGAGUCUGACUGUUCCGGGGCUGGUUCCCUAAAGGGAUGGCUGCUCUGCAGCCUUCAUUCCAAGGCCCGUCUCUGAUAUGCUGCAGCCAGAAACAUCUGCCUGCUGUCCCUGUGUCGCUCGGCCCAGUGCCCACUGCAGGCCUGUCUGCUGUCACGUGAAAGGUGGGGCUUGCGUUUGGGGGCCUUUGCCAGUCAGUCCAGAACAGUCCACCUGCGAGCGCAGGGCACACCCAGGUUUGUGAGCCAAGUGGCGCCCUUCUGUUCUGGAUGUGGGACCCCACGGGGCAGCCGGGCUGACCUGUGGUGGCCGCAGGUGACUGAGCCGCCCGGCAAGCUGGUCUUCCAGUCCGCACUGAGCACAGGCCGUGUGGGGCGCUCGGCUGGGCCGUCGGGAGGACUGAGGACUCUGGCAGGCAGUCAUGACGGAGAUGGAACACUUACUUCCUAGCAAUCAAAUGCAUAAAUUGUUUGCUUUCUAUUUUAAGCAGGAAAUUGUUUUUUAAGUACUUGAAUUGUCAGACCAUGUCAUCUCAGUUUGUAUUACUUUUGAAUGAACCCAUUGAAGACAUGUAACAAUCCAUGAAAUGUGAAUAAAUGGAAGGAAACAGAAUCCGUGUUUGACAUUUCGUGUACCCGUGACACCCCGGCGCUGAUACGGGUCCAGCAGAGCGGAGGCGAGGCCCGCAGGGCAGUGCCCAGA